AUGCUAACAAAUUGCUGUCAUUGUAUUAUUAUAACAUACACAUCUACAGAUGAGAAGCAGAACUACGCAAAGAGAUCUCUACAUCAUAAAGUUGACAAGCAGAAAACUUCAGAGAACAACCCUCUUCACGAAGCCUGUAGGAAGGGGUACCUGGGCCGAGUGAGACGCAUCCUGUCCCGGCGUUUGGUCGACGUCAACGGUAGAGACGAGAAGCACGGGAGGACGCCACUCAUGGUGGCGGCACAUAAGGGACAUAGAAGAGUAUUUGACUUUCUUAUUAGAAACGGAGCUGAUGUGUCACAAGUAGAUGAUGAUGGUAACAACAUCCUGCACUGGGCCUGCAGAGGUGGACAUAUGGAUAUGGUGAGGUAUGUACUUAAACAAUAUAGUGUUGACAUUAACAGUAGAGCAAAGAAGGGAAGAACUCCCCUGAUGAUGGCUGCAUCUGAUGGACACAGAGAUGUGUUUGAGUUUCUCGUGAGUAAGGGAGCUAAUGUGUCACAAGUAGAUGAUGGCGGCAACAACAUCCUGCACUGGGCCUGCAGAGGUGGACAUGUGGGUAUGGUAAAGUAUGUACUUACACAAUACAGUGUUGAUAUUAACAGUAGAGCAAAGAAAGGAAGAACUCCCCUGAUGAUGGCUGCAUAUUAUGGGCACAGAAAUGUGUUUGAGUUUCUCGUGAGUAAGGGAGCUAAUGUGUCACAGGUGGAUGAUUACGGAGACAACAUCCUGCACUUGGCCUGCAGAGGGGGACAUUUAGGCAUGGCGAGGUAUUUACUGUCUGAAUACACUCUUGAUAUUAACAGUAGGGGAAAGUACGGAUCAACUCCCCUGAUGAAGGCUGCAUCUGAUGGACACAGAGAUGUGUUUCAGUUUCUCGUGAGUAAGGGAGCAAAUGUGUCCCAAGUGGAUGAUUACGGAGACAACAUCCUGCACUGGGCCUGCAGAGGGGGACAUUUAGGCAUGGCGAAGUAUUUACUGUCUGAAUACAGUGUUGAUAUUAAUAGUAGGGGUAUAUAUGGAUCAACUCCCCUGAUGAAAGCUGCAUCUCAUGGACACAGAGAUGUGUUUGAGUUCCUCGUGAGUAAGGGAGUUAAUGUGUCACAAGUAGAUGAUUACGGAGACAACACCCUGCACUGGGCCUGCAGAGGGGGACAUUUAGGCAUGGCGAGGUAUUUACUGUCUAAAUACAGUCUUGAUAUUAACAGUAGGGGAAAGUACGGAUCAACUCCCCUGAUGAAGGCUGCAUCUGAUGGACACAGGGAAAUGUUUUGGUUCCUCGAGAGUUUUGGAGCUAAUGUGUCACAAGUGGAUGAUGACGGUGACAACAUACUUCAUUAUGCCUCAUCUGGAGGACAUCCGGAGAUGGUAAAGUAUAUUCUAUCGCAGGACUUUGUGGACAUAAACCGUAGAGGAAAUUACGGAGGAACACCAUUAAUGAGAGCAGCGUAUAAUGGAAAUAUACAAGUGUUUGAUCUACUUGUGAGUAAAGGUGGUCAAACUCCCUUAACGGAUGACAAUGGUGACAACAUCCUUCAUCUGGCCACUCUUCGUGGACGUGUGGAGAUGGUGAAGCAUAUCCUCUCACAGAACAUGACAGACAUUAACGCCAGGGACAAGGAUGGGGACACUGCAGCCAUGAUAGCAAAGCGUGAAGGACAACACGGAGUGUUUAACUUUCUUGUUUCGCGUGGCUGCCCAGUGGAAUAA